AUGGCGGCCGCGCCGAGGAACCGGAAGCGCCUAGCCGGGAGACGGCCCGCCUCCGCCGCGGGGCGCCUCCGCUCAUUGGCCGCGAUGGGCAGGGGCGGGGCAAGAGGCGGGGCCGAGGCGGGCGGCCCCGAGGGUCGCAUUUUAGACAUCCCUUGCAAAGUGUGUGGGGACCGCAGCUCCGGGAAACACUAUGGGGUUUACGCCUGCGAUGGGUGCUCGGGAUUUUUCAAGCGGAGCAUCAGGAGGAAUAGGACCUAUGUUUGCAAAUCGGGAAAUCAGGGAGGCUGCCCCGUGGACAAGACGCACAGGAACCAGUGCCGGGCGUGCCGGCUGAAGAAGUGCUUGGAGGUCAACAUGAACAAAGACGCGGUGCAGCACGAGCGGGGGCCCCGGACGUCAACGAUACGGAAGCAGGUGGCCCUCUACUUCCGCGGGCACAAGGAAGAGAGUGGCAGCACCCCGCACUUCCCCGCUGCUGCCCUGCCAGCGCCUGCCUUCUUCACUGCUGUCUCCCAGCUGGAACCCCAUGGCCUGGAGCUGGCCGCUGUCACCGGCACCCCUGAGAGGCAGGCUCUGGUGGGCCUGGCGCAGCCCACCCCAAAGUACCCACAUGAAGUCAACGGUACCCCUAUGUAUCUCUAUGAAGUGGCCACCGAAUCCGUCUGUGAGUCAGCAGCCAGACUUCUGUUCAUGAGCAUCAAGUGGGCCAAGAGUGUCCCAGCCUUCUCCACCUUGUCCUUACAAGACCAGCUGAUGCUUUUGGAAGAUGCUUGGAGAGAACUGUUUGUUCUAGGAAUAGCACAAUGGGCCAUUCCAGUUGAUGCUAACACUCUACUGGCUGUAUCUGGCAUGAACGGUGACAAUACAGAUUCUCAGAAGCUGAAUAAAAUUAUUUCAGAAAUACAGGCUUUACAGGAGGUUGUGGCUAGAUUUAGACAACUUCGGCUAGAUGCUACCGAAUUUGCCUGUCUCAAAUGCAUUGUCACUUUUAAAGCUGUGCCUACACACAGUGGUUCCGAACUGAGGAGUUUCCGAAACGCUGCUGCCAUAGCAGCCCUUCAAGAUGAAGCCCAGCUCACUCUGAACAGCUACAUUCAUACCAGGUAUCCCACACAACCCUGUCGUUUUGGAAAACUUUUAUUGCUUUUACCAGCUUUACGUUCGAUUAGUCCAUCUACAAUAGAAGAAGUGUUUUUCAAAAAGACCAUUGGGAAUGUACCAAUUACAAGACUGCUUUCAGAUAUGUACAAAUCCAGUGACAUAUAA